AUGGGAGCUGCACCAACUGAUUGGCAAUUAGAGUGUACGGAAUUAAAACAACGGGGAGCUUAUUUAUUGCAAACUGGGCAAUGGUCUGAUUGCACCUUUUUAGUGGGCACUGAGCCCAAUCAAGUAGUUCUAGUGGGUCACAAACUGAUUUUAGCUAUGGCUUCUCCUGUUUUUGAAGCUAUGUUUUAUGGUGGUAUGGCAGAACGAAAUGAACCAAUACCAAUAGUUGAUGUCCAGAUAGACGCUUUUAAAGCAUUGUUAGAGUAUAUUUAUACAGGCAAUAUAAAUAUAAGUUCCUUUGAUAAAGCUUGUGAGUUGUGCUAUGGUGCCAAGAAAUAUAUGCUGCCACAUCUAGUAAAAGAAUGCACCAGGUAUCUCUGGUCUGAUCUUUACCCCAGAAAUGCUUGCAGAGCUUAUGAGUUUGCCCGACUUUUUGAAGAGAAUGUUCUUAUGGAGAAAUGCAUUCAGAUAAUAAGCACAAAUACCAAAGAAGUGUUAAAUGAUAGUAGUUUUGAGGAAGUUGAAUUGAAUACCGUGAUAACUGUUUUCUCAUUGGACCAUCUUAAUGUUGACAGUGAAUUAGAUUUAUUUGAAGCAGCUGUUAGAUAUGCAAAAGCUUUAGAGAAAAGGACUGAGAGAAGCGUAAGCCCACCCACUGAAGGGGCGCCAUCUUCUGAAAACAGACAAAAGAGCCCGGUGCCUUCUACAUCACAAGAAAAAGAACAGGUGGUAAAUGUAGACAGUAGUGCAGAGAGUAGCCCAGAAACGGUGAUGGAUACCUGCCGUAAUGAUACAGAUACAGCUGGCCCUCCGGUGGAGCACAAUAAAAAACCUAAGACAGAACACAAAGAGAAAGUAUCAAUCAGGAGUGCAGUAGAGAAGAUCAGGUUCCUGACUCUUUCUCCUCAGCAGUUUGCAGGGGGCCCAGCCAGGUCUUCCUUGCUAAGCGAAUCUGAGGCUUUUGCAGUACUUAUGAAUAUUUUGUCAGAAACCACAGAUGUACCCAUGCCGAAUGGAUUUUCAUCAUCCCGAGUUCCAAGAAAACAGUUGAUUGGUGGCGGGCCUUCUUGUCAUAUGCCAACGUUCACGGUGGACACGCCGAGCCCGGUGAUGGUGGAGCAGGUGUGGUGCACGCCGGAGCUGUCGCGCCCGCCGCAGCCCUGCAUCACCUACCCGCGCCCCACUCGCCAGGAAGGUGCAGCGGGGAUGGGCGGCAUGGGGGGCAUGGGGGCCAUGGGUGUGAUGGGCCCCGGCGUGAUGGAGCACAUGGAGCUGCACCACGCGCACUCGCACAAGAUCUACUGCCAGCGCGCGCUGCUGCAGCACACCGACUGUCUCAACACCAGCGCGCUGGACUGCUCCGUCACCUUCAUGGUGGAUAAGAACAUAUACGUUCUGGGAGUUCAGGUGCCGACGCAGGCGCCGAGCGAGGAGGCCGCGGGCGGCGCGGGCGGCGCCAGCGGCUACUCCGAGCUGCUGUACGCGCACCUGCUGGACGCGGACGGCGCGCGCCUCUCCUACACGCACUACACCAACCGCGUGCCCUACCGACACCUGCUCGACAUCAUGUUCAACCGCCGCGUGUACAUACAGAGGAACAAGGUGUACAAAGUGGGCAUAGUGUUCAACAAGGUGGGCUGGUACCCGAUGGGCACGUGCGCGCAGCAGGUCGCGGCCGAGUCCGUCUUCUUCAACUUCGGCAUCGGCCACAGCAGCGACUCCGUGCGGGAUGGUCUUAUACGAUCUAUUAUAUUCACUUAU